UUUAAAGGCGUCUGCUGUGUGUGCCCCGCCCCGUUGUGACAGCGCAGUAGAGCUUUGGCCGGAAAGCGGAAGUCGGGGAGUGUGGGAGCGCUGGCACUUGGCAGCUGAGAGAGAUCAGGAAUACAGAACUGACGCUGUCCUUGAAUCGCUGAGAGAUGAGUCUGCAGUGGACCGCCGUGGCAACUUUCCUGUAUGCCGAAGUGUUUCUGGUUUUGCUGUUGUGCAUUCCGUUCAUUUCUCCCACAAGAUGGCAGAAAAUCUUCAAAUCUCGCUUGGUACAGUUAUUGGUGGCAUAUGGGAACACAUUCUUUGUGGUCUUGAUAGUGAUCUUGGUGCUUCUGCUACUUGAUGCGUUCCGUGAAAUCCAGAAGUAUGGCGUUGGUGAACAGGUGGACCUCAAAAACAACCCGGUGGCUGUGGAGCAUAUCCAUAUGAAGCUGUUUAGAGCCCAGCGCAACUUGUACAUCGCUGGCUUCUCCCUGCUGCUCUCUUUUCUGUUGAGACGCUUGGUCACUCUGAUCUCAAAACAAGCCACUCUCCUGGCUUCCAACGAGGCCUUCAAGAAACAGGCAGAGAGUGCCAGCGAUGCUGCCAAGAAGUACAUGGAGGAAAACGACAAGCUGAAGAAGCAAUUACAAGCCGCAGGUGUGGAGGUGGGCGACCUGCCAGAAGUCGAUACCGCAGAAGAAAACAAGAAGCUUAAAGGAGAGGUUCAGAAACUCAAGGAGCAGCUGGAGUCCACCAAAAAAUCUAUGCUCAAGUCUGACAAUGAGGUGAUUGCCAUCAAGAAGCAAUGCGAAGGGUUAACCAAGGAAUACGACCGGCUGCUGGAGGAGCACGCCAAGCUGCAGGCUCAGAAAGAUGGCCCAAAGGACAAGAAGGAAGAGUGAAGGCUGCCUGGCGGUCUUCGGAAUGGUUUUUACCCGACGUUCUCCGGCAGCAGCUGCACUGUUUUCCAUCCGCGGUGGUUAAGUGGGGGAUUGUAUCUCACGGCACUUCACUCUGAAACACUCGUAGGGUCUACAUUUUUGUUUUCUAGCACGGCAAACCUCUUCUAAUUUUUUUUUUAUCCGUUUAUACCUGUUCAGUGUGAAAAAUGCAGGAACCAAAGCCUAAUAAAACCUUUCUAGUGCUUUACUGUGAGCAGCACCUAUUUGGAUGGGGGCGAGUAUUAAAGCAAGGGGUUAAGUGGGCUUGAUGGCUUCUAACUUCUGUCCUCCCUCCUUGUUCUCUCUGCCUCCCAUGCCUUGAUUGUGUAACUGACUUCAAAUGUCUAAUUAAAUGAAUGAUUAUUGUAUGUAAUAAAAGUAUAUAUAGUAAGAAGUUCACGCCGCCCCUUACAAGGUCAUCAGCGUUGAGGUUAUCGUUUACAUGUACGAUAUGAUAGGGGUGUAGUCUAUGGCUGGUAACUUUCCAUUUUCACCCGCUAUGUUGUGUAACCUGCUGCUAUAGCUCGCGUGUUCACCUGAAAUAAAGGGGUGUUAUUUUUUUUUUUUUGCAUUUGGCUACCUAAUGCCAUUUCUGUUGCUUUGUCCUAAAGGUUAAUUUAGUGUUAGCAAUUGUGAAGCGGAAAGGAAGGUAUAUUUGGUGAAAUUCAUAAAGACCUUCAGAAGCUAUAAA